GCUGUCAAACACUGAAGUUUCCUCAGGCGCGUGCAGCACGCUAGCAAUUAAACAUUAAAUAAUGUAAAAAAAUAUCAUUCAAAUGUCACGGAUUUCAGUGAAGGAAUCUUUAUCCACGCCACCACAACAACGUUUCGAUACUUUAAACGGAUUCAUGAAAAUUGAAGGCGCGUGAUGAGAACGCACGGUUGAAUCAGGGCUUUGAAGAAACUUGAGCCGUUCACACACUGCAAACACCCAUAGGGUCAAGAUGAAUUUUUUAUGAUCUGAUGUUUUUUUAUAAUGAUGUUUGACGAAAGAACUCUUAUCAGGGACCCUUACUUUUAAUUCAAAAUCACGGCCACAACUUACACCUUAAUAUUUACAAGAAAUGUGGAGACUGUUUCUCUUUCACCCAAGAUAAUUCAAGAUAUAAUCAUGCAUCUGGAGGUGAAGGUUGCUUUGAACUUCAUUGUGUCCUAUUUGUAUAACAAGCUCCCGCGCCGGAGGGCGGAUUUGUUCGGCGAGGAGCUGGAGCGAAUCCUAGUGUCCCGUUUUGAAGGCCAUUGGUACCCCGAAUCUCCGUUACGUGGUUCUGCUUUCCGCUGCCUUCAUCUCGGGGCUCCCAGGGAUCCGGUGGUUGAACUUGCGGCCAGGAGGAGCGGUCUGGACACGGAUGAAGUUCAUGAUAACGUUCCACCUGAGUUAAGCAUUUGGAUCGACCCUUAUGAAGUCUCUUACCAGAUUGGAGAGAAGGGCGAAGUGAAAGUUCUCUAUGUAGACGAUCCACUGGAUUUAGGGGGUCAACGGUCAGAUGUAAGUGCACUUAAAGGAGAAGAAGAAUUUGAGGAAGUAAAGAAUCUGGGCUUUAACCCAGAAGCUCAGGUGUUUGUGCCCGUUGGAAGCCGGUUGUCACCCGUCUCACUUUCAGGUUCUCCGACUCCUCUCUCUACCUCGUCCUGCCUGGGGCCGUUCAGUUACGCUGCCCCCAGCACCCCUACCCACCCGAGUCCUCAUUCUUCCAACACCUCCACCCCGUCCCCAACCAGUGCGGGCCUCGUGUACCCAGGUGCCGGCUUGCGUGCCAUGCCCCAGCCCAUCACCUUCACUACAGCAAGCUUUGCCGCAACCAAAUUUGGCUCCACAAAGAUAAGGAUGAGCGGAAACUCCUCUGGUACCGGCGCUGUCCAUCAGCAGAGGAUGAUGACUUGCUCGCCCUGCACCGUUUCCCCACCUGGCCUGAUGAAGCACAGACCCCUUUCUCUCUCCAUGCACUCCCUGACAUCUCCUCCCGUCUUCAGCCAGCUGUCACCAGAUGCCAAAGAGUUUGUGUUUCCAGCUUCUCCGAGACCUCUGUACUUUGAUGCUGAAGCUCCGACUCCUCACGUCUCCUUUGAUCUGUUCUCCAGGCCACCACCGGCUCAGGCGAUGGGAAUCAUGGGUGGCAACAGUGGGAUUUCCUUCAUGGAUAAUCCUGCAUUUGUGGAGGGUCUUGGUGGAUACAACCUGCAGUUUUCUGGCCAGGUCUUCCAGCCGGUGGUGUUGGCCAACUGAAAUGAAGGUUGUGAAAUGUUUUCCCUGAAGACUGUUUCUGAAUCAAAGUAUUUGUUAGUUUCCCAUUUCACAAUUUGUUUUAUUUUGACCAAGUGUUGCACAUCUUUGUGUUUUGUUUCUGUGAUUGCCCAAAUGUUUCUCCAUAUUAAGACCUCUUGUGCAUCUCUUUUCUUCUGCUUUGACAACAGAUGCUCAUUUUUAAACUGAUUCUGGAAAAAGUGCUAAUGCUAGAUGCUAAUUUGGAAUUUUGGGAAUGCAGCAGUGUUUCUAAAGCUGAUUUUGUGAUGUGAUCAGACUGUUAAUGUGACAUCUCAGUGGUCAUAUUUGAAGAUUAUUGUAAAGUUUAUGAAUUGUUCACCAUCCUGAGCUCACGUCUUGUGUGUUUGUGUGUUCAUUCAGGCUUUAAAUGGACUACAACAAACAACAGCUUUGUUUGAGCUCAAUUUAGCAUAUUCCAGACCAGCGUUUAAUGUGGAUAUUUCUUAAUGACAGCGUUUAGUGCACUUGAUAGUUGCAGUUGUAAAAGCAGGACAGAAUGAUUGACAGGUGUAUCUACGUCUCUGAUCGUCUCUUAUACACACGGUAUGUUGGUCAGCAGUGUGUGAAGGUGUUCAGGUUGACGCAGGUGAUGAUGUGUUCUACCACACUGUUGUAUUCAUGCAUUUUUCCUUGUAUGCUUUUCAGAGGUUUGAUAUGAAAGCGAUUUUUACAUGGAGAAUUGCACACCGUUCUGUUUGUUUUCACAUAUCUAGGAUGAUGAAAGUUAACGUCAUUUUUACUGUGUUAUUUGUGAGGUGGUUGUGAAGACUAUUCAGGACACUGUGAUGGAUGUUGACAUCAUCGUGUCCAGUUGUGACGCACUUUACUCACACAAGACCUCACUAAAAAAUAAACGCAUUAGAUGUUAAAUGUCCUCUAUUCACCCUUAAAUAGUCGUUUGCGUGCUUGUGUGAAGUAUAGAUGAUUGUAUUCAAAUGUGUGUCCUGAUCCGGCUGUGACGUCUAACAUUAAUCUGUGAAUGCUGACUUGAUAUAACUUCAGAUGUGCUUUUCAUUUAAUUUCAGAUUUCUCUAUAAAUGCUAUGACUUGGGUGUAUUUUUACAUUUGUUUAUAAUUUACUUACAAUUUUUCUAUUUUUGCUGUUUUUCAAAAGAUUUAUCAAAGCGUUUGUAAAACAAAUGAAGAUAUUUACUAUAAUGACAUGAAUGUGUAUAUAUUUCUUAUGUUUAAGAUCUUUUGUUUAGUUUCUUACGUGCUGAAGUUAUUUUUUCAGACUAUA